AUGUUAUUUGCUUUAGGUAUUUUUGUUCUGCUGUUAGGCAUUGCAGGACUUUAUGGAGCUAUAUCAAAUAAAAUCACGGUGCUGAAUAUUCUCGGAUGUUGUGGUGCUAACGACUCAGAAGAUUACAGAAGGGUAGAAUGGAAUAGUACGUUUACACUUAAGAACCAGAUGAUCAAUGCCACAGUCCCACCUUCUUGUUGCAAGAAUGAAACACUUGGUCUUCCUCAAGCUCUCAUGUCAAGAACGUUUUACGAGAAUCUGGACGAUUGUUUGAGCGGGGACGUCUCCAAAAUAAAUUUGGACGGAUGUGUUGUUGAACUCAAGCGAAGCUUCCAAACUGUAUCAACAACACUGGUAAUAAUUGGAACUGUUCUAUUGUUAAUUCAGGGUGCAGCUUUGUGGACCUCGAAUACAUUGAUGUUAACAACGGAAGACAGUGAAUCUUCAAGCGAUGAUUAA